GUCAACAACAUGCCGGGGUCUUCCGGAGAAACAGAAACCAACGAGAGAGUGACCGAUAGUCAGGGAAGUCUGUCGACUCAUAAGAUCGUGUCUUUAAUAUCUCAGUUUGCAGAUGAUCAUUUAACACUUGUGCGGUACAUAAGCACAGGACUGGCAGUUGCUGGUGUCAUUGUAAUUGCAAGGAGUAUCAAACUGGUCACCACAUUUCAAGUUGCGUCUGAGAUCCCCGCUCGUUUUAUUGAGAGGAACGUCAGCCUUCGUGGGAAAGUUCAUUCAGUCACAGAGAGAGGACUUGAAGUGGAACAUGUGCCAAUUUAUCUGCCAGUCAUCUCUCCGAUUCUUUCGAAAUGCAAAGGUGGGUGCACGUCACUGAUGCUGGUGCAGCUUGUAGGAGUGGAGUUGACUCCACAGGGCCGGGUAUGGCUGCAGAAGAACUUGGCUCCUUCCCAAACAGUCUGGCUCAAACUUAUCAGCCGAGAAGAUGACAUGCUUCACUGUUUGGUGUCUCAAAGCAGGGGGUCAAUGUGGAGCUACUGUCUGAACGAAGAGGUCCUCAUGCUCGGUCUGGCUCGCACUGCCCCCUUGGUCGGGGUCCUGCCUGACUCUAGCCUCUACUGGCGUCUUCUCAAACGGCUGCACAGGGCAGAGAUCAAAGCUGAGAGGAAGGGGCGGGGACUGUGGAAGCAGGACAGCCUAUGGGAAAGAGCCUCCAAAGUUGUAAUGGACAACGCCUUAUUCAGACUGAUGAGGAGGAUCUUGAAGAAGACCUACGACUGAUUGCUCCAAGACAGAGUUGUUUAAUUAAAAUGUGACAGCACAUCAUCUGUCUCAUUUAGUUUGUAUCCGGGUUGUUGCCAACUGAUAUAUUGAAACAAAAGAAGUUUCACAAUCUCCCCACGGGUUAUGAAAUGUGCCAUCACUCAUCUGUCAUGUGUAAUAUGCUUAUUAAUGCUAUCUAAACAACCACUUUCCCUUGUUUUAACUUUUUGAGUUUGAGUUCUGCUAAGUUUCACAUAAGUUUUAAAUGAUUAAAAACAUUUCAACUAAUCCUAA